ACGGGGGUGGCUCCGGCCCCUCAGCCCGCCCCGCGCUCCCGCACGGCCGGAGCCGCUCGGAGCCGCCCGAGAAAGGGCUCUCGAAAGAGUGCUCUUGCUGGUAUCGGCUCAGCCCAGCCCCGCUCCGGACGAGGUCUCUGGAAUUAGCUUCACUUGAGGAGCCGGAAAAGGGGAAUCCUCCUCCAGGCGGUGUUUCGAAGUGGGAGGGCAAAAAAGGCUUCUGUGGCAAUGAUAGAUCCUUUAGAGAACAACUUGUUUGAUCUUCCUGAUUAUGAUAACACUGAAGAUGAAACGUUCCCACCUCUUCCACCUCCUGCCUCUCCGGGAAGAGACGAUGCUGAAUGGGCUCAAGCUAAUGGAGAUGGAAACCAGCAGUCCCAAACAAAGGAUUCUGCUGUGACCACACAGAAAGCAGUUAAAAGACCAAGGCCUAGAUUAGAUGCCCAAAGGUUAAUUUCAGAAAGAGGGCUCCCAGCCCUGAGACACAUGUUUGACAACGUGAAGUUCAAGGGUAAAGGGCACGAGGCAGAGGACCUGAAGACACUGAUACAACAUAUGGAGCAUUGGGCUCACAGACUGUUCCCAAAACUGCAGUUUGAGGAUUUUAUUGACAGAGUGGAGUCUUUGGGAAACAAAAAGGAAGUUCAGACCUGCCUAAAGCGGAUUAGACUUGAUCUUCCUAUUUUACAUGAAGACUUCAAAAAUAAUGAAGAAGGAGAAGGGGAAAGCAAUGGACUGGAUCCAGCUGCUGAAGAUGCACAUUCCCGCUCUGGAAAUGCAGAAGAACUGAAUUCCCUGCCUGGUACAACUCUGACGGAGGAGCAGCAGGAGCGGAUGAAGAAGAACCGGCAGCUGGCCCUGGAGCGGAGGCAGGCGCGGCUGCAGGGCCACAGCCAGUCCCAGCACCAGGAGCUCCCCAGUAGUUACUCAGAAGAGGAGUUUGACAGCCCAGUUAUUCAGGAUCCCACUGACCUUAUUGAAGACACUCAGGUUCCUGCAGCCAAGGAUGCUCCCACAGAUGAAGAACUGGAAUGUGCCAGGGAAGAGCAGUAACUUCCCCACACUGUGAAUGCCUUUCUUGACCAAAAGACCCUCCUGCUUUAAGUACUGUCAUUAUACUGAAAUGUUGCUGGCUCUUGGCACUCCAGAAGCUUCAGGGAAGUCUUUCCCAUGGCAUCACUGCAGGACAGAACUCUUCCCUGGAAGCUGCAGAGGAGCAGUUCCGUACACCAGCAAACAGAACAAAGUUCUUCAGUUGCACUUGAGCCUUCUUUUCCACCUCCCAAAAUGGUUUUUUUAGGAAAUGUUUAUGAGUUUUUGGACCUACUUUGAAUAUAGUUUAUAAUUUAUGUCAAACUGAAUUAACUGGGAUGUUGAUGGAUUAAGUUGCUAUUAAAGUUGUGGGUUUGGGGUUUUUUUAACAGGGAUACUGGAUUUUUUUUAAACUGCUUAUCCAUUACUUAUAUAUUUUUCUUAUAAAAUGGAAGCUAUUAAAUUUCAGAAGUCAAACCUGAAAUUCUUGUAUGAGGCUCUUACAAGGCCAGGCCUCCCACACUUCCCCAUCCCUUGGGUCAGACAUCUCUCCCCAGACAAGUACCUCCCCUCAGGGAACAAGACUGUCCUUACCUGA